AUGUGGCACAGCUCCCUCUGGCAGCUGCUGCUCUCCAUCAUCAGCGCAUUCCUUACAACUAUAAGCGCAUCGAAAGGCCUUCCUCCGAUAGACCUGCCGCAAUCGCCUUCGGACUACUACAGCGACCUCGUCACUGUGUCCAGCAAAGUUUAUGGCGAGGUCAAGAAGUCUGGUCCUCUGCCCGCGGAACGCUAUGACGAGAAGCUUUUUAACCAGAGCGCCUUCCGUGACUGGCUACUACUCAAGGUGGUUUACCGGGAGAAUGUCACGGUGCCAGCGCCCAUGUCCUACAGAUGCGGCGUCUUUGUCAACCACGACUACAAGCUGAUCUUCAUCCGCAACCGCAAAGCAGCCUCGACGACCGUGUUAGACACAUUCAAGACCGCGUGCAAAUCCCAGAAAGUCAUGUGUAUGAAGCCAUUUUCGGAGGAGGAGAUGGAGGCGCGCGGACUUACCCACGACACCAUGUGGAACUCCUAUUACGUCAUUUCCUCCACACGAAAUCCAUGGGCCCGCGCGGCAAGCGGCUACGAUUACGCGCAAGACAGGUGGCCGGUGAAGACUGGCGUGUGCGGUGUCGUUCCCUUCCGCCAGUUCUGUACGAACCCGUACUUGUUGGGCACCAUGGGCAACAUGUUUCGUUGUGGAGCCGAGGGAUCCUUUCGUGGUGAUGAUUCCUGGGCGUACGACUUCUACCACGUGGAGCCCGCCCACCACUGCAUGACGGAUGCGAGUGGCGCCGGGCUGGCUGUGGACUUCCUGAUCCGGUACGAGCACCUUCACGAAGACUUCACGGCGCUGGUGGACAUCAUUAACGAGCGCCGCAAGGGUACCUCUCUGCCCGAGCUGAAGAAGGGCCGGAUUCGGUGGCGUAAGCAGGGUGUGUACGUGCAGGCGACUCGCAAUCUGACCGGCGGGGUGAGCAUGUGGCGGGAGGACGCUGCGGCGCUGGUGUCUUCCGACCGCCACGCGGUGCGGUACCGGGGGUGCGGUGUGGAGUGCGUCAACGACAUUGCGAAAUUCUUUGCGGCUGAUAUGCAGCUGAUGAAGAUUGAGACACCGCCAGCAGUAGGUGGCGAGCGCAGGGGUGGGGGCCGCAAAGGACACAACAGGACUUUUGGUGGUAUAGAGCGGGACAUGGGCUAAGUAAUUCGACAUAUUAUUGUGGCUUUUUUUUGAAUAGGUGCAUUUGUAAUCCAUAUGCAUG